AUGGUAACUGUUCUCUCCAAUAGUAGUAAGCAGACCACACAGAUUCAGCACAAUCACAAUAUGAUAAAAGACUCAUUUCUCUCAGUGUGUGAACACAGCUAUAACCUUAUCACUGAUUUUUUGAAUGAGUCAGAUCCUGAAAACGAACUUUUGACAUCGACCCAGGAACAGGUCAGAAAAUCCUAUGACAUACUCUUUGAAUCUUUGAACUUGUACAAAUUAGAUGAACUAUCAAUAUCAUAUAACGGCGGAAAAGACUGUCUUGUACUGCUGAUCAUUUACUUAGCAGUCAUUUACGAUAAAUAUCAAAACGAGUCGAUACCAAGGGAUUACAAAUUAAACGCACUAUACAUCAAAAAUGAGUCAAUGUUCCAAGAACAGGACGAUUUCAUAAAAAAAUCGGCGGCAAAAUACCAGCUAAAUCUACAGCCAUUUAGAGACACUAUGAAGAGAGCUCUCCACAAAUAUUUGGUACAAAACCCAUGCAUAAAAGCCGUCAUUAUAGGCAUCAGAAGAUGUGAUCCAUAUGGUAAGGAUUUACAUUAUUUACAAGAAACAGAUCCAAGCUGGCCCCGGCUAAUGCGGGUCAAUCCGAUUCUGGAAUGGGAUUACCACCAAAUUUGGUUCUUCCUCCGUCAUUUAAAAAUAGAAUACUGCAAGCUCUAUGAUAUGGGCUAUACUUCUCUGGGUGGUACCAACAACACUAUUAAGAACCCUGACCUGCAGGACGGUGAUGGCUAUCUUCCUGCGUACUUGCUGGAUGAUUCCGAAAAGGAAAGAUCCAGUAGAUUAUGA